AGUACUUUCCCCUCUGCUUUCAUCCAUCGUUAAUUCAGGAAAAACAUUCCUUUUCCUCAUAGUAGCUCUCACACCAUGAUUCCCCGAGUUCGAACGGCACUAGACAUCAAGAAUGUCUUAGACCAUUGGAGAGGCAUUACUUACCCUGCAUUUGCUUUCGACGCGACCACGAUUCAAACCGAAAAACGAGAUCUGUUGCGUAGAUUCCCCGACCUUCGCAGGCCUCAGAAGAACGCUUGCAGGGAGUCAUCCCCAUCGGAAACCUCAGACGUUGAAGAUGGAGGCGAAUCCGAGGACAGCCUUGAUCCCUCCGCCAAGAAUGUUAGUGAUACUUUCAAGAUCAUGGACUCUGUUGAUAAAAAGCUUUUGGCCCAUGCGACGAAGCUGGGCAAGAUAGCUAACAAAUGCAUAACUCAUGCCUCCGGAUAUGCUGGAUUUGAUUAUUGGCCCGAGGAUGCAAUACAGAUCAAAAGGCGUGGCUGCAAGUACAGCGGACCUACGUUAUCUGAAGAUUACCGACACAAACCGGACGGUCCGGACCUUGCUCUGAUGUUCAAAUACGCGACUGUCUCUGGAUUUGGCAAUGUUCGUACCCAAGAAACGGAAUACGACCCUGGUGUGCGCAGCGCGCGGGAAAUCCCAGCUUCCGAUUUCUAUAUCUCGCCCGAAGUCCUGCACGAGGUAGAGACACUUUGGAAAAAGAAAUUUCUUCCUUCCGAGGUCCGAGUCGAACCAUAUAAAAUUCACAUUUAUGGGGCGGGUGGGAAGUUCGAUUCUCACAAGGAUACUCCGGAGCGGGACCUGGUUGGAACCUUCCUGCUUGGGUUGGGGGAUACUUCUCAGCCUAAAGAAAGGUUCGAGAUUGCAGGCAAAUCCUUCAACGCUAAUUUUGGAAGCUGGGUGGCCUUCUAUCCAGAUACCCCGCAUGCGGUGAAGGCAAUCAAAGAGGGGCAUAGGGCUGUCAUUGCGUUCAAACUCUUCCGAAGACAUGACAAUCCAGAAGCAUCUGCAGAUAACGAGAAUUCGUUGAAUGGGCCUUUGGCGGAUAUCAAGGAGGCGGUGAAGAGCGACUUCAGUCAAAUGCCACCACCCUUCGCCUUUGGACUUCGUCAUCAGUACCAUGUUGGGAUAACGGAGCCAAGCGGUUUUGACAUGAUGCUUCUCGAGGUUGCGCGGGAACGCGCCGACGUUGAGAUCCAUUUGCUUCCAGUCGUCUCGAAGAUAAGCUUGUCAGCAAACGAGGAGGAAGUCGAAUCCAAUAGCGUGGAAGCCUCUAUAUAUCCACUCACUAAUGCGCACCUCGACUUUGCUCUCGGAGACGUGGAAGCACUACAACGAGACCCUUCAAUCCAAUGGCUGCAAUCUCUGAAAGAAAAGAUUCCGUAUGUGCAUGUAGACCUCGGGAUAAGGUGGUCCAAUGACCGCGUUGAAGGACCUGAUUACUUGGGGAAUGAAUCAAGAUCUUGGGAUGAAUAUAGUAUUUAUCUGCAGUACGCCAUGGUAGUGCUUCCUAAACCGGAUCCACCUCGUGAACCAAGGCGAUCUUCCCGGAUUAAGGGGUCCACGAAAUCGAAGACGGCUUCGACGUCGAAGAAGGCUGAUAUUGACAAGGCCAAGGCUCCGGCUCCCCAGCCCAGAAGGACCACUAAACGCAAGAGAACCUAAAUUCAGAUCACCAUCGCCCAACGGUUCGUUUCUUCUGUCGUAGACUAUGCGUACACAGUGUAUAUGUCUUGUGUCUUGGACUUUCUUCUACGAAUGCAUUGAGAAACGUAAUAUCUAAAAAGGAUAUCUAGAGUGACAUAAUAGGGAAUCGAUUGCUUCAAUUUCUUUCCUUUUC